AUGAGUUUAAAGGAAACCAAGGGAACACACCACAAUCUGCAGCAGCAGCAGCAGCAGCAGCAGCAGCAGCAGCAUUUGCAGCAGCAGCAGCAGCAGCAGCAGCAGCAGCAGCAGCAGCAGCAGCAGCAGCAGCAGCGGCAGAAGCAGCAGCAUCACCAUCAUUAUCAGCAGCAGCACCAGCAUCAUCAUUGUCAGCAGCAGCAGCAUCAUCAUUAUCAGCAGCAGCAGCAUCACCACUAUCAAAAGCAGCAGCAGCACCAUUAUCAGCAGCAGCAGCAGCAGCAUCAUCAUCAUCAUCAGCAGCAGCAGCAGCAGCAGCAGCAGCAGCAACAGCAGCAUCAUCAUCAGCAUCAUCAUCAGCAGCAUCAUCAUCAUCAGCAGCAGCAGCAGCAGCAGCAGCAGCAGCAGCAGCAGCAGCAGCAGCAGCAGACUUUGUCGCUCAAAGGGCCCUGGACUUUUGUGGGGUGUAAAACCGAAGCAAAAACUCCCAACCCCAAUUUCCCAAAAGCCCCUCCUCCCCAGGUGUACAGACACCCCGGAGACACGAUGCAUGCUGCAGCAGCAGCAGCAGCAGCAGCAGCAGCAGCAGCAGCAGCAGCAGCAGCAGAUGCAGCAGCGGCGAACGCGCAAGCAGCAGCAGCAGCAAAAGCAAACGCAGCAGCAGCAGAAACAACCGAUUUAUUUCUUUUGUUUCUUUUAUUUUUCUUUUAUUUCUUUUAA